AUGGCGGAAACGUCAAAUCGUGGUGAAUGGGGAAGUCAACUUCAAUUCACAUUAGCUGUCGCAGGAUAUGUAAUCGGAUUGGGAAAUAUUUGGAGAUUCCCAGCUUUAGCUUAUAAUCAUGGAGGAGGUGCUUUCCUUGUCCCCUACGUGACUUGUUCUCUUCUUUGUGGAAUGCCUCUUCUUUUUCUUGAGCUUUGUAUCGGACAGUACACUCAAUUGGGGCCAUCAAAGGCUUUUUAUGUGUUCAGACCGGCAUUUCAAGGAAUUGGCUGGGCGAUGGCUUGCAUAGCCAAUCUCACCUGUAUCUAUUAUAAUGUAAUUGUUGCUUGGUCAAUGGUUUAUCUCUUUUACAUUUUAACCGGACAAAAUGAUAGCAUUUCUGUGUGUGCAAAUGAGUGGAAUCGAAAAAGUGGACAGUAUUGCGUCUCUUAUAUUGAAGAUCAAAAAUGCUUGCAAACGCAGAAUCUCACCUAUUAUUUCAAUGGAACUUGUCACAAUGAAACUAUGAAAAUUUAUGUGGAAUCAACACCGGAAUAUCUCAACAGGACAAUGUCUGCAGUGGAACAAUUCUUUGAAAAUCACGUUUUGGAGCGUUCCUCAGGGAUCAAUGAGAUUGGGAGUUUCAACUGGAAGGUUGCCGUUUCUCUUUUCAUUGCGUGGGCGAUCACCGCAUUGACCAUUCUUUAUGGUGUUCAAUUUCUCGGCAAAAUGGCCUAUGUCACAUCGACUGUCCCCUAUGUGAUCAUGGUCGCUUUCUUCAUCAGAGCAAUCACUUUGGAGGGAUCCGAAAUCGGGAUUCGUUAUUAUCUCACAGAACCACAAUGGGAAUAUGUUCUCAAAUUGGAUACUUGGAGAGCCGCGCUCAAUCAAAUCUGUUACUCGUUGGGACUCGGUUUUGGAAAUCUCCUUUCCUUAGCCUCUUAUAAUCCGAUUCGGCACAAUUGCUAUCGGGAUGCCAUGUUAUUUGCUUUCAUCGACACAGCAAUGUCUGUUUUUGGUGGCACAACAGUUUUUGCUACAUUAGGUGUUUUAUCUCAACAACAAGGAAAACCGAUUAGUCGAGUUGUUCAAGAAGGCACAUCUCUUGCUUUCAUUGCCUAUCCAGAAACGAUCUCUCGUCUUCCUUGGCCUGCAUUUUGGUCAUUUUGUUUCUUCCUCACAAUUUUCUUGAUCGGAGUCGGGAGUCAAUGCGCGAUGGCCGAGGGAGUGACAACAAGUUUCCUGGAUCAAUUCCCGACCGCUAGAAAGCACCGAAUUCUGAUCGUGAUCGGCGUUUGUCUCUUCGAUUUCCUCGUCGGUCUCAUCAUUUGUACGGGAGCUGGUAUUUACUGGUUUACCCUAUUCAACAACUACAGCGCGUCCUUUGGUCUUUGUAUUGCGAUUUUGGCUGAAGUGUAUAUGAUUUUGGUCAGUUACGGUGUUCGUCGAUGGCGUGACGAUAUGAGUGCAAUGUUUGACAAACCUCGAACAAUUUUCGGAAAGAUUUUCGGACCAGUCGGAAGUUUUAUGAAAAUCAAUUGGAUGUUCAUCUCUCCACUCAUGUUAUUUUUGGUUUCCAUUAUGAUCAUAAAAUCAAUGUUCGCGGAUGAUGAUGUCUAUGGCAGAGAUACUUUCGUCCACAUUUUCCCGUAUUGGUCCAAGAUUGUUGGGUGUAUUUUGGGCAUUUUACCUGCAUUGAUGUUACCGAUAUUCUUCUUUUACAAUGUUCACUAUUUCAAGAAAUUGGGAAAACCAUUCUCUGAACUUUUCGAAAUCCAAGAGGGUCAUCCGGCUUUCAACAGGAGGAAAAUUUCGAAAAGAAAUGGGUCAACGCAAAAUGGGUCAAAUUUUGUGAUGAAUCAAGUACAUCCAGUAGAAGAAAGA